UUGACAGCGUAGUACUCCAUAUCUCAACCACCAUUUGUAUACGGAGGGAGUGUGUUUGAGGGGUAACUGUGGAUCUCAGACGCAGCACUCUGUGGACACAGUCUCCACUGGCUCUUAUGGUCUAACCUGGAGACAAUAUGAGGUGACAACGAACAGGAGACUGACCAGCAAUCUGCCCUUUGACAUGAGAUUUCCUAAUGGGUAUGAAUACUCCUGGGGCUUUGGCUACUGGUUUCCUAAUGUGAGAGGUUCCUCCUUAACGUGGAGGAUGAUGACACAUGUGGACAUGGGAAUCCGAUCGGACACCGGUGAAUCCAACAGACCUCCUGCCAUCGCCACACCUCAUGUUCUCAGAGUCCCAAGGAACUGCCCCCGAACAUUCAGGAUCACGACAUUUGACCCUGAUGGUGACAGUGUGAGGUGCAGGAUACCAACUAGCUCCAGCACAUAUGAGUGUGGGAUUUGCAGCCUUGUCAAUGGUUUCUCCUUCGAUCAGAAUUCCUGUUCCAUCACAUACAAUCCAAGUCAAACAACUGGAUACCACCCAGUUGAGGUCAUGGUGGAGGAUUUCCCCAACAAAGAUAUCACAUUGUCCUACUCUGAUGGAUCCUACACCACAAAGUGGCCCCAGACAAUGACACGACGUGCCCCAACAACUACCACGGUCGCCCCAACUACCACGGUUGCCCCAACAACUACCACAGUUCCCCCAACAACUGCCACAGCUGCUCCAACUACCACCACCGCUGCUCCCACCACACAGUCUUACCGAUCAUCUAUUGGUCCUCUCAGCAAGCUGCCCCUGCAGUUCACUGUUCUGGUGGACUCACACAACGCUCCUUCAUGCCUUGACGGUGACUACUUUCCCGUUUUCUUGGCACCAACUCCGGCUGAUGGAGUAAAUCUUCCAGCGUACGUCAACCACACCCUUGAAAUCAAAGUUAGAUCCAAAGCUCAAUACACAACGAUUCGUGACCUGGUUGUGACAGGACCACAUGGUAUUUCAAAGCAGAGUGUUUCUGCAGAUACAUACAUCAUAAAAUGGACACCAACUGAAGAUGAGCUGAAUGAUCAUUUUCCUAUUUGCUUUGUCUCUGAAGGCAGAGAUAGGUACAACAGAGUCUAUCACUCAGAACUUCGUUGUGUGACCAUAGAUGUUGGUCGCCAUGAUGCUGUUGUGACCUGCAAUGAGACAACCAUGACCGUGGAAGUUGCAAAGACCUACAUCAUCAGACGCAAUGAGAAAAAUUUGCAUUUGAACGACUUUACAGAUUCAUCCUGCAAUUUGGAAAGUCGGUCCAACGACACCCACGUGGUUGCUGUCAUGUCACUCGGUGCCUGUGGGACUAGUGUUGAGGAAGAUGACAACACUAUCUACUUCAGGAAUGAGAUCACUUCUGUUGACCCUAAUGAAGUAAUUUCCAGACAGAACGACGUCGAGAUCGCCUUUACCUGCUCCUACCCAAAGCGAACCAACCUGUCUCUGGGAUUCAGACACAAAAACCCGUACGCCUUCAGAGAGAAAGGCUUUGGUGCUUUCACCUUCCAGUUUGAGUUCUUCGAGAGCCAGCGUUUUAAAAAGCAAGUGAAUGCCAGCAACUUCCCGGUGGAGGUUUACCUGAAGCAGAUGAUCUUCAUGCAGAUAGAGACCACCUCGUCCAUCCCAAACACUGAGCUGUUUGUGGAGUCCUGCAGGGCGACUCCCUACGACAACCCCAACUCCCUCAUCAGCUACACCAUAAUCGAAAACGGGUGUGUGAAGGACAAAACGGUACAAAUCUUCCCCAGCUCCAAGUCUCAGUUCAGGUUUGGCAUGGAGGCUUUUGAGUUCAUCGGAGCUCAUGAGGAGGUCUACAUCACCUGCUCAGUUCUCCUGUGUGAGAGCGGCGUUCCUGGUACUCGGUGUUUUCAGGGAUGCACCAACUCAUGGAACAGUCGCAGGAAAAGGGAAGCGCCUUCUCAAACUAACAGCCACUCCAUUUCCCAGGGACCACUGCAGCUUGCUAAGACCUCUGACACUAAAGUUUCAGCAUCUGGCCCUGGCCUGAGUUUGGGCCUGAACCUGGUCUUCAUUGUCGGCUGCCUGCUCGCCUGUGGAGUGGUCGUCUACCGAUCAAGAAGAGUCAGAUCUAAAUACCAACCCCUGCCAACCUCCGAGACUGACUAACCCAGAUCUGAUACUUUUUAACCUAAGCUUCUUUGCAGCUAUAGUGCUCUGAUUUAUUAUGUGCUCUGAUUUAUUAUUAUGUGCUCUAGACCACACAAAAAUCCAAGCUUCUUCAAUAAAUUAAUGCAACAUCAAAAUGUGCUGAUACAAUUUAAAUUUUCUCAAAAUUCAGAGAUUUUUGGUGUAAUUGCUGAGUCAUUUCUCCAGGCAAUUAUCAACUAGUUUCGUUCUUAAAAAUACAUUGUCACUCUUUCCAUGUUUUAGGUUGUUUGUGAGCCGACACACCAAUAAA